AUGCCGACGCAGGAAGAAAAGAAGAAUCUGGAAGUCGUUGCGAAAUAUUUCGCCGAGUACUGGGGCAAGGCCAACCAGAACAUCGUCGAUGAGCUCUGCGACGACAAGUUCGUCAUCAAUUAUCCUAUGCAUGGCCCGAGGUAUGGCAAGGAGGGCGCAAAAAGGAUGAUGGCAGAAUUCAAAGACGCAUUCCCAGACAUUUCCUUUCAUGCUUACCAGCAUCCACUGAUUGCUAGCGGGCCCUACGUCGUGGGCCGCUGGAUCGGCGGGGGAACGCACACGGGAGUUGCCUUUUCGGAUCUGGCCGUCGGAUGCUUGGACAAGCCCAAGACAGGGAAGAAGAUGUACUUUUCCGGCACCACCAUCUUUACGCUAAAGGAUGGCAAAAUUAUUGACGAAACCGGCGAGGAAGGAACCAUAACUGCAAUGCAGAACCUGGGGAUGGUGGCUCAGCCGAACCCAGGCAAGGAAGUGCAGUAUCUACAUGACCAUUGA